AUGAAAGAAUGGCUGAAGACAGAGGAAACAUUACAAGAAUCUGGAAUAUUUGAUCCACAAUGCAUCACGCCACUUGAUCGGUCAAGAUUACGAAAGAAAAUGGCCAAGAAGUACCAGGACACAGAAAAUUCUCCCCAAGCUACUCAGUACAAAAAUAAGAAGAUGCCAAUCCGAACAAUUUCUGCUCAGACAGUGGCCAAAGUGCUCUAUGAAAAAGCUGGACAACUAAAAGCCAAGGAUCUCAGGGAUGCUUUGUUAAGAAGCAAAGACAGUGUAUUGAUCCUGAAUAAGCAAAUGAAGGAAGCUGCUUUCAAGAAUGCUGUACAGCAAAACCUGUCCGAUGAGAGACAGAAUCAACUGCGCUGGCAAUCGAAAAUUGGCGGGGAACCAAUGAAUGAGACUUCAAAGGCUCAAAUUCUGGAAAAACGGAAUCACUUCUGGGAAAUAUACAGAAGUGAAUCUGAUGAUUUUCCAGCUCUAGGCCAUUUGCAAACGCGUUGCCUUGGGAAACGGACCAGUCGACUCUGUACAGAGGUAAGUAUAUGA